AUGGCCUCCAACGCGACUACCCCUGGCGAAGCAUCCAACCAAUUCGCCAAUGAUGUUUCAUUCGAGUUUGACGACCUGUGGAGUCUGACGCUGGGGACGCUGCUCUACGGAAUCUAUUUCGUUCUGUUCCUGCUGUCCACAUAUCUGUUUGCGGCACGGCAAACAAGGCAAUCGCGGAGGAGCUCUGCGAUAUGGACAGCGUUCAAAGCCCCGAUCUUCGCCGCAAGCUGGUGUUUAUUUGUGGCGAUAAGCAUUGUCUGGAUACUCACAGUACAACGGACGUUUGAGGGCUCUCUGACGCAACCUUCGGAGACAAUUCAGAAUACUUUCAUUGAGCUUUCUUUAGCCAUCGGAGAUGGGAUGAUUUUGUAUCGUCUUUGGGCGAUCUGGAGGAGAUGGACAGUCAUCAUACCACCGUUUCUAUGUUUCGUUGGUCUUGUCGUCACUGAAACGAUAUCCGUCGUGGAUACCGCUCUCGGGUCAUUAGACAUAGUGGAGAACACUAUCACAGCAUCCGUCGCGUUUACCCUGGCGACGAAUAUCUACUGUACAAUAUUCAUCUGGUACGGUGUUUGGCGCGUCACUUCAGCAGCCAAGAGUGUCCGGGUCGUCCGCCCUGCGGGUCACUUGAAAUUAACGCGCGUUGUCGCCAUCUUCGUAGAGAGCGCGGCCGGGUUCACUGCCUACUUUUUACUCUACGCCAUCCUUCACCUGCGAAAUCUCAAAAUCCAGUUCGGCUUUAUCAACAGCGUGCCCGCUGCAAUCGGUAUCGCAAAUGCGCUCAUAACGGCCCGCGUCGCGCUAGCGAAAAAGGAAAACCAGCAAGACGCCGAGAUGCAGCAUCAGGGCCGGAGAACAGAUAAGACUACCCUCAGGUUCGCCUCCAGCACUAGUGGCGGGGAGACAAGGGAAACGGAGACAACUCUGGACUUGGGAGCGUUGGAAAGCUCAUUGGGUACCAGUACUACUCGGACUAUGGGGACUGAGGGUGAGGACAAGGUAGAAACCACAGAAACGAGUCGGCGGGAAGCCUUCUUCGCUCCCACCGCCAGAGUGGCCCUUCCCCAAUGGGCUCCUCCUUCGACAAGUGCGCCAUUCAUCAUUGAGCGCAUUCGGAGACUCACCGCGCCUCCUAACUUGCUUGGGCACUGUCUCAAUCCCCACCUCCGCACGACUGUCCUGCUUGCCUGCACCAUUGGCCUUCUGGCGUUGUUGUUUCUCCAAGAAACGACAAUCACGCGUUGGGCAGGGCGACUAUCCCCACAGCUAUCGGUCUAUACCACCAACUUCUCGCAAUACCCUCAAGAUAUCGUCUGGUUAGAUGGGGAGUCAGAUGUUGCAGAGACGAUUAACGUGGCGGCGCUUUCGCGCAUCCUAUUUCCCAGCAAGGUGGAUGCGGACGACCAUACUCUGUUUGCGGAGAACGAGAGGAUGCUGAGGAGACUUUUCGAGUGUGUAGAGCAGGGUAACUGUGGGCGGAAUCAGACAAAAAUCGUUAUACUCUCCUCUGGACCAUUCCGCGGCGCAUUACGGGGAGACAAUGGUGGAGAAGCGAUAUGGGCUAAUUCCACGCUUAUCGCUCUGCGUAGUUUGGGCUACAGCUAUCUCUACACAACGGGCCUAUCCCAGACCGUCAGUCUCUACCAGAUAUUCGGGAACAUGGUCCCCAUCGUAAUUGUCGACGGCUCCAAUUCCCACAAGUGCUUCAAGGACGACAAUUGCGUUCGUCGCGAAAACCAUCCUCACGGGGUGCCGAUAUGGAAAAUGCUUUCUUUCCAUUUCUGGGAUUCAGCUGAGCAUCCGCUGGGGAGGAAAUGGACCCUCAAUCCGGAACCUUAUCGGCCGGAGCCGGACAACAACACAUACCUGGGCUAUAGUAUCGAGCCUCAAUGCAGUCGCCACACAUUCGUGGCUUCUGAAGACCGCAGACACCAAGGAUAUGUAUUAGCGAAGAACGCGAAGUACUUCGAACCCGAAGAAAGCUCCUGGGCCACGGAUGCUUUUGCGAGAGCCGCUAUUUCUGUCGAACAAUCGACUAAUACCACCUUUCAGUUCCUCGCCGGCGUUCACGAGGAAAUUCUUCCCAACUACUGGCCGGCAUACGUGACGAAUGGUGGAUUACUGCCGCAGCCCAAAUUUUAUGAGGCAUUAGCCCACUCGAAAGUCCUGAUUGGCGUUGGUCAUCCAGCGAUCUCACCCACGCCAUACGACGCACUCUGUCUCGGUGUCCCGUUCAUCAACCCCAUCCUAUCUUGGGAUACGGUGAAUCCAGGCGACAAGGCGCGAUGGAACUCGCAACACAAUACAUUGAAGCACUUCGAGGCGCCAUAUGUGUACAACAUUUUCAAGGGCGACACGGAGGGAUUUGUCAGGGCUGUCGACGAAGCUGUGCGGAAUCCAAUCUCAAGCUUCGUACUCCCGACAAUGACGAUGGGGGCCGUAGUAGAGCGGCUAGGGAGGAUUCUCGAGACGGACUGGAGGCAUGAGGCAGAGAUGCUGUUGGAGGAGCGAAAGAAGACGGGCAAGGGCGAGAAAUUCUGGAUAUAG